UCAGUGACACUCCCUCGUUUUAUUUAGGGUUGGACGGGCAAAAGGUUUCCCAGGAACUCUAGCCGCGGCGGCUGUCAGUGCUUUAAGUUGGGGUUCGGUCCAAUAUGGCGGCAGACGGAUGGAAAUACUGAUGACAGUCCGAAAGAUCGCCUCGAUUUGUACGAUGGGCGCCAAUGCCUCUGCUUUGGAGAAGGAGAUUGGACCGGAACAGUUUCCCGUAAAUGAACACUACUUUGGAUUGGUCAACUUUGGAAACACCUGCUACUGCAAUUCAGUCCUGCAGGCCCUGUACUUUUGCAGGCCGUUUCGGGAGAAGGUGCUGGCCUACAAGGUCCAGCCUCGGCGUAAAGAGAGCCUGCUCACCUGCCUGGCCGACCUGUUCAACAGCAUCGCCACACAGAAGAAGAAGGUGGGCGUCAUCCCACCCAAGAAGUUCAUCUCAAGGCUGAGGAAGGAAAAUGAACUGUUCGACAACUACAUGCAGCAGGAUGCUCACGAGUUCCUCAACUACCUGCUCAACACCAUCGCCGACCUGCUGCAGGAGGAGAAGAGCCAGGAGCGUCAGCAGAACGGCAAGCUGGUGCAGAACGGAGGAGGAGGAGGAGGUGGAGGGAGCAGCGGAGGUAGUGGAGGAGGAGGGAGUGCGGCAGAGGGAGAGGAAGCUGAGAAGACUCAGCAGACCUGGGUCCACGAGAUCUUCCAGGGCACGUUAACCAAUGAGACGCGAUGUCUCAACUGCGAAGCGGUGAGCAGCAAAGAUGAGGACUUCUUGGACCUCUCUGUGGAUGUCGAGCAGAACACCUCCAUCACACACUGUCUCAGGGGCUUCAGCAACACAGAGACAUUAUGUAGCGAAUAUAAGUACUACUGUGAGCAGUGUCGAAGUAAGCAGGAAGCACAGAAAAGGAUGAGGGUGAAGAAGCUCCCCAUGAUUUUGGCUCUGCACCUGAAGAGGUUUAAGUACAUGGACCAGCUGCACCGCUACACCAAGCUCUCCUACCGCGUGGUCUUCCCCCUGGAGCUGCGACUCUUCAACACCUCGGGGGACGCCACCAACCCCGACCGCAUGUACGACCUUGUGGCCGUGGUGGUGCACUGUGGCAGUGGCCCAAAUCGUGGUCACUACAUCACCAUAGUGAAGAGCCAUGGCUUCUGGCUUCUGUUUGAUGACGACAUUGUGGAGAAAAUUGAUGCCCAGGCAAUUGAGGAGUUCUACGGCCUGACGUCAGACAUCUCCAAGAAUUCCGAGUCGGGGUACAUCCUCUUCUACCAGUCCAGAGACUGACAGAGUGGGAACAAAGGAAUGGUACUGUAACUUUGUGAGGGGGUGGGGUUUGGGCUGUGCACACCCCACCCCCCUCAUCCCAUGCCAUGGAGAAUUGCACUGGAGCGUCAACAGAUCUUCAGAUGGGAGCAAAGCACUGGCCAACCCUGACAUGGCAACCCCCAUCAUAAGCCGUCAUUCACCGGUUGUCUCUUUUGGUUGACUAAAUAUUACAGCACUGUUCCAGCUCUUGUUAAAGGUGUAAAAAAUCAGACUAAGCAACUCACAGAGCAGCGGGGAGGGAAAACAGUGCAGGAGUCUUGAUGGUGCGAAAGUGAAUUGAUCUGCGGUGUUUGUUUGGAGCUAGUACAGAAAUGCAGGGCAUUGUGGUAAAGCAGGGUCUGACACGGAUGCCGUAUGUCCAUACUGUUGGGUGUGAGGCAGUGCAGGAAACCAGGAAUGCUCCUAUCAAUCCAGCGGUCUCCAGUUUGUAAUGUCCUGUGGAUAUUUUCUCUUUCAGACAAGGGAGGGGGGUGGAAAUGCAAAGCUACACUAUGAAUGCCUACCAACCAGAUAUUUAUGUUUAGUGCGUCUUGUGCGCCAGGUCCUCAUUUGUUGUCAUCACUGUCUUAUUGCAUUACUGAAUAGGCGCUUACCCCGGCAGCACUGAUUCUACAGUGAAUUCAAGAUUUCAAAGGUGAACUGGGUAAUUUGCUUUUGGACGCACAAGUUACUGGGCAUAGAAUUAUAGCAUAAAUAAGCACAGAAAGGCUGUUCAAGCUGCCAAGGUUGAGAAAAGUUUUGCGACCAAUGGAGCUGGACGGAAUGUGGAAUUUGUGUACAUUUAAAAACGUUAGGUUCAAGUAGGGUCAGUAUUGUGUGAAUGUAGAACACUGGAGUGAGGGUUAGUGAAUGUCUGGUUCUUUUGCCCUUACCCUUGCGAGGCCCUCUAAGUCUUCUAACCAUACAGUAGCAUUUAUACCACCUGUAGGAAAACUAGGCUUCAAGGAUAUCUUGUACACAAAUGCACAUGGACCAUGGUGUGUAACCAUGUUUUUGCAAACAAUAGCAAUUGCAUAUUUUAACAAUGGGUGCUGCUAGGUUUUUUUCCUUUUUUUUCUUUGGACAAUUAGCCAUGAUUUACAUAACACAUUUAUGGAUUUAUGGCUUAUUUUGAAUUUAACAACAAAAAUGACAACUUGUGCUACUUUCAUUCUGACUGGACCACAACCCGCCCUGCCUCGAUAUUGAUUGAACAACUUGUAGGCUACCUUGUACUACCCUAACUGCUCUGUUUGCUCUUUGUUCACUCUUUUCUUCUGCGUUCACUUACCUCUUUACCGACUCCUGUUGGCACAAUGUUGGUAUAACAUCAUGUUGAGGAGCAGCGUGUGCACCUGCAAACAAUCCACAGAUCUCUCUUGGAAGGCUGCUGGAUUUCUGCAACUUUGCAAUUUGCAAAGACAUGGACUUUUGAAGGGGAAAAUGCCCCCAGAAUGAGCUUAGGCAGACACUCACGCGUAACAUAAGGUAUGUUGUAAAUGAUGUAUUUUCAUUAUACUGCUUUUACGCUUACAAACCAGUAAAAACGGUUAAAGCUAAGCCCCUACAUGUAUACAUCACAGUUGUGCUUUUUAGCCAGUAUACCUUUACUUAUGGUGGAGGGGGUGGAUUUGCAACUGAGCUGCUGUGUAUUCCUUUUCCUGUAACUCUAAAGCUUAGCGUACCACAAAACCAAGAGGUAACUGGAAUGGAUGAAUUGGUUGAAAGAAGCAGGGAACUGGUGUUUAACCAUGGGUCUGUUUCAGUUUUAUUAAAAGAUGCAUAUAGUUAUUUUUAUUUUCUUAGAUGUUGACUCAUUUUCUAUAACCAUUAUUAUGGUUAUUAUAAUUAAUAUUCCUAGUCCACCAGUCCUAUAUAGGCCACCAAAGUACUGGAUUAAUAGGAGAGAGAGAGUGUGUAGAUGCUAAGAGACAACAUUUGUAAAUGUAAAGAUAUUAUUAUUGGGGGAUUUUGCUUGCUUAGAGUAACCAGAGAUGUGCAUACAGUAUGGUUCAUUACAUUUGUGAGUCAUAUGGAGUGUCCUUAAAUUGUUCGCCUGCAGUGCUGUAAUAGAACGAGAGAAGUCAAUGCACAGUGAAACCAUGAGCAAUUUCACAUCGUUUUUCCAUUUCUUUCAUUUGUUUCUUCCCUCUCUAAACCUUGUAAGAUGGUUAUACUAUUGAUUGCAUAAAGUAAAAAGUGCACUUUUUGAUAAGACUUAUUAAUUGUAAAACGGCUGAUUUCCUGUGUGAGGAGGUGGGGUAGGUGGAGUCAUGGAGGCAGUUUGAUUUGAUGGUUGAGAAUGUGAAUGGGUCCUAGCCUGUAUCCAAUAAAUAAGACCAACUAUGGGAAAAAAUGCAAUUUUGCUUUCUUUGUGUGGAAUAUUAAUUUUGUCCAAUCACCAUUUUCAUGUUGUAGCCUGUUUAAUAAAGUCUUUUAAAGCGUA